AUGACCACCAGAUUAGGGCUUGUUCUUCUGGGUUUCCUAUUCACACCUAUCUGGAGCCUGCAAGCUCCAACGUGUCUUUCUCCAACUAGUUACGGUGGCCCUUCUAAUAAAGCCGCCUGCUGCCCAGGAACUGGUCGACAAGAGGAGUCUGUCGAUGGAGUUAUCUACGAAUAUGUCUGCAAUCACUACGCCAUAGCCACUAACGUGGUUUAUUACGAGGUCUUGAAUGCCUAUCAAUGUGCCAAGAAGUGUUCCGAGGAGGCGGGAUUAUGUCAUGCCGCAUCGUGGAAGCCAAAGGCUAGCAGUCACCAAGGGGGGAUUUGCUUUCUAGCUAUGGGAGGUUUUGUAGAAAAGCCUGAUCGAAAUGGAGAGUGGUUGCUCCUGAUCCGGACAGAUCGAACAGCCCCAGUUGCUGGUGACCAGUCUACUCCCCACCCACUCCCCGAUUGCCAGGAUGAGGUGGACGAAGCCUGGGCAGAGUGUCAAACAGUUGCUGAUGAGGACUGCGAGAUGAUGACAACAUCCAUGCAGCAGCAGCUGGAUGAGAAAGAUGCAGAUCUUGUGAAUUGCGGUCGAGGGAUGAACCCCUCCAUCUACAUAAGCAGGAGUCGCAAACCCUAUAGGGCCUGGUGCAGGAGAGGUAAGUUCCAUACUAUUGGGUUUCCCUGA